AUGGUUCUCUCGUUCAUCCUGAUUCAGAACCGCCAGGGGAAGACAAGACUGGCGAAGUGGUAUGCGCCUUACAGUGAUGAAGAAAAGGUCAAGCUCAAGGGCGAGGUUCACCGCCUCAUCGCGCCCCGCGACCAGAAGCACCAGUCCAACUUUGUCGAGUUCCGGAAUAUGUCCAAGAUAGUCUAUCGACGAUACGCCGGGCUAUUCUUUUGCGCCUGCGUUGACACAAACGAUAACGAGUUGGCAUACCUUGAGGCGAUACAUUUCUUUGUGGAGGUGCUGGACGCAUUCUUCGGCAACGUGUGCGAGCUGGAUCUGGUGUUCAACUUUUACAAGGUCUAUGCGAUCCUCGAUGAAGUGUUCCUAGCUGGGGAGAUCGAAGAGACGAGUAAAACGGUGGUUUUGACACGACUCGCUCAUCUUGAUAAGCUGGAGUAG